AUGGCCCAUGCUGCUGCCUGCGUUCUCUUGCUCACCCUGGGCGCCCUGGGCGCGACAGGCCAGGACCAGAUCCCGCUGGGCGCAGACCUAGCCCCACAGAUGCUACGCGAGCUCCAGGAGACCAACGAGGCUCUGCAGGACGUGCGGGAACUGCUGCGGCAACAGGUCAAGGAGAUCACGUUCCUGAAGAACACAGUGAUGGAGUGUGAUGCGUGCGGGAUGCAGUCGGUGCACACCCCCGGCCUGAGCGUGCGGCCCUUGUUCCACUGCGCACCCGGCUUCUGCUUCCCUGGCGUGGUCUGCACCCAGACCGCGAGCGGCGCGCGAUGCGGCCCCUGCCCGGCGGGCUUCACUGGCAACGGCUCGCACUGCGCAGACGUCAACGAGUGUAACGCCCACCCCUGCUUCCCCCGCGUCCGCUGCAUCAACACCAGCCCCGGCUUCCGCUGCGAGGCCUGCCCUCCGGGGUACAGCGGCGCCGCGCACGAGGGCGUGGGGUUGGCCUUCGCCAAAGCCAACAAGCAGGUGUGCACGGACAUUAACGAGUGUGAGACUGGGCAGCAUAACUGCGUCCCCAACUCUGUGUGCGUCAACACGCCGGGCUCCUUCCAGUGCGGCCCGUGCCAGCCCGGCUUCGUGGGUGACCAGGCGUCCGGCUGCCAGCGGCGCCCGCAGCGCUUCUGCCCUGACGGCACGCCCAGUCCGUGCCACGAGAAGGCCAACUGCGUCCUGGAGCGCGACGGCUCUCGGUCGUGCGUAUGCGCCGUCGGCUGGGCCGGUAACGGGCUCCUCUGUGGCCGCGACAGCGACCUCGACGGCUUCCCGGAUGAGAAGCUUCGCUGCUCGGAACGCCAGUGCCGCAAGGACAACUGUGUCACCGUGCCCAAUUCAGGGCAGGAGGACGUGGACCGCGACGGCAUCGGAGACGCCUGCGACCCAGAUGCUGACGGGGACGGGGUUCUCAACGAGAAGGACAACUGCCCGCUGGUGCGGAACCCAGACCAGCGCAACGCAGACGGCGACAAGUGGGGUGAUGCAUGCGAUAACUGCCGAUCCCAGAAAAAUGACGACCAGACGGACACGGAUCAGGAUGGCCGGGGCGACGCCUGCGACGACGACGUCGACGGCGACCGUAUCCGCAACGCAGUGGACAACUGCCCCACAGUGCCCAACACAGACCAGAAGGAUGGCGAUGGUGAUGGCAUAGGAGAUGCCUGUGACAACUGUCCCCAGAAGAGCAACUCUGACCAGAGAGAUGUGGACCACGACUUUGUGGGAGACGCUUGUGACAGCGACCAAGACAAGGAUGGGGAUGGGCACCAGGACUCUCGGGACAACUGCCCCUCAGUGCCUAACAGCGACCAGCAGGACUCAGACCACGAUGGCCAGGGCGAUGCCUGUGAUGACGAUGACGACAAUGACGGGGUUCCUGACAGUCGUGACAACUGCCGCUUGGUGCCCAACCCGGGCCAAGAAGACUCCAACAGGGACGGCGUUGGGGACGCGUGCCAGGACGACUUCGAUGCCGACAAGGUGGUGGACAAGAUUGACGUGUGCCCUGAGAACGCUGAGGUCACCCUCACUGACUUCCGGGCUUUCCAGACGGUCGUGCUGGACCCUGAGGGUGACGCGCAGAUCGACCCCAACUGGGUGGUGCUCAACCAGGGGAUGGAGAUCGUGCAGACGAUGAACAGCGACCCCGGCCUGGCUGUUGGUUACACGGCCUUCAACGGCGUGGAUUUUGAGGGCACGUUCCACGUGAACACAGUCACAGACGACGACUACGCGGGCUUCAUCUUCGGGUACCAGGACAGCUCCAGCUUCUACGUGGUCAUGUGGAAGCAGAUGGAGCAGACAUACUGGCAGGCGAAUCCCUUCCGUGCCGUGGCCGAGCCGGGCAUCCAGCUCAAGGCUGUGAAGUCUUCCACGGGCCCCGGGGAGCAGCUGAGGAAUGCACUGUGGCACACGGGGGACACAGGGUCGCAGGUGCGGCUGCUGUGGAAGGACCCCCGCAACGUUGGCUGGAAGGACAAGACGUCUUACCGCUGGUUCCUGCAGCACCGGCCGCAAGUGGGCUACAUCAGGGUGCGAUUCUUCGAGGGCCCGGAGUUGGUGGCCGACAGCAACGUGAUAUUGGAUACCACCAUGCGGGGCGGCCGCCUGGGGGUCUUCUGCUUUUCCCAGGAGAACAUCAUCUGGGCCAACCUGCGCUACCGCUGCAACGACACCAUCCCGGAGGACUACGAAGCCCAGCGGCUGCAGCUCGCCUAG